CACGCACUGCGUAAAACUGGGGUUGCAGAGGAAGCCGGUCCACAGACGGACCCGACCCGAAAGAAGGGCUUUCGUAGACUACAAGGUCCACCUAACAAAGAUCAUGCGAAGCCUUAUUCCCAUCGUUGGAUUGCACGCAUGCCAGAGAUUAGGGCCAUUAAGUUGUGUUUACUGUGACCAGCCAGAUUGCACUUGCAUGAGAAAAGUCGUUAGUUAGAGUUGAAAUCCAACGGUCCAGAUUUAGAAUACAUUUGUUGUGGCCCACUUGAUGAGAGGCCCGUUCUAACAAAAGCAGGACCGUCCAUCGAUUUAUGCAGAGAGGUGGAAGGCAGUUAGAGCUGGAAUUCUCUCCUCCCUCCAAUGGCUUCCUCUCUUUUUAAUUUUCUAUGCUUGUUACUUCUCCUUCUCCCACUUCCCGCUAUCUCCCAAGCUUACAGGAAUAUCAGCUCGGGUGAUUCUAUUUCCGCCACCGAAGACGAAAACCCUUCAUGGGUUUCUCCGUCAGGCGAAUUCGCCUUCGGAUUCUACCUCCUCCCCAACAGAAACCUCUUCUUGCUUGCCAUCUGGUUCAACAAACUCCCCGAGAAAACUCUCGUUUGGUCCGCCGAUAGAAACACGCCAGUGCAGAAAGGAUCAAAGGUGGAGCUGACGGAAGACGGCCGUCUUAUUCUCAAUGAUCAUCGAGGCGAAGAGAUAUGGAAAGCUGAAGUUGUUAGUGGUAUUGUCACAUCCGCCGCGAUGCUCGACAAUGGGAACUUUGUGCUGACAAGCACAGAUUCUGGUAUUAGAUGGGAGAGCUUCAGCCAACCAACCGACACCAUUCUGCCUUCUCAGACACUGAAUCGAGGUAGCGUGCUUUCUUCUCGCCUAGCAGAUGCCGACUACUCGAAAGGAAGGUUUCAGCUUCGUUUGGAGGGGGAUGGGGAUCUCGUUCUUUAUCAGGUAAAUCUCAUGACUGAUUUUGUUUAUGGCUCUUAUUGGCCACGCGACACUAAAUAUUCCGGUUCUCAGCUCAUCUUCAACAAUUCCGGCGACAUUUACUUCAUGCAAACAAAUGGUACCAUGUUGCAUCUUUAUCAAGGGAAUGAAUUCCCAACUAGUGAAUUCUAUCACAGAUCCACGCUUGAUUUUGAUGGAGUUUUCCGGCAAUAUGUUUACCCGAAAAACCAAUCGGUGAAUGAAAAUCGGACUGGAUCAUGGUCUAUCAUCUGGUAUGAGCCUCGUGAAGUUUGCAAGGCGAUUGAAUCGGAUAAAGGAAGUGGUGCUUGUGGGUUUAAUAGCUAUUGUAAACAGCUAUAUGAGGAUCAGAUGCCUAGCUGCGAAUGCCCACCUGGGUAUUCUUACUUCGAUCCAAAUAACAAGUCCGGUGGGUGCAAGCAAGAUUUCAUUCCUCAGAGCUGCGAAGCAUAUGGAUCGAAAGAAGCAGAUCAGUUUGAAAUGAAGGAGUUGGAUCAAGCAGAUUGGCCGCUGUCGGACUUCGAACAAUAUUAUCCCAUCAACAUAAGCAAGUGUGAAGAAGCUUGCUUGGGUGAUUGUCUCUGCGCUGUUGCCAUUUUCAUCGAUGGGUGGUGUUGGAAAAAGAAGCUCCCGCUCUCUAAUGGGAAGAUGUAUGAAGGCAUCAACAGAGUAGCUCUCAUCAAAGUUCGGAGGCGUAAUUCAACUUCGUUGGCUCCUCUUACUCCUCCAGGCUCCGCCACUGGGAAGAGGAGAAAUCCGCCGAAUCUCGUCCUCAUCCUGUCUCUGAUUCUAGGAGGCUCUGUAUUUCUCCUCCUGUCGGCAAUCUCAUCAUUUGUUUUCUGCUCUUUCCGUAAGAAGAGAUCCACCAUACAGCCAGAUUCUACGACCAUGUUCACGAUGAAUCUGCGAUCCUUCACUUAUAACGAGCUUCAUGAAAUCACAGACGGAUUCAAAGAAGAACUGGGUAGUGGUGGUUUUGGGACAGUUUACAAGGGGGUUUUUGCAUCUGAGUAUGGAAAUUUCGUCGCAGUGAAGAAGUUGAAUACUGUGGAAAUUGAAGCCGAGAAAGAGUUUGAAACCGAAGUGAAAGCGAUUGGCCGGACCCAUCAUAAGAAUCUUGUCCAAUUGAUCGGAUUCUGCAACGAGGGUCUGCACCGGCUUCUUGUCUAUGAGUACAUGCGCAAUGGCUCUUUGGCAAGGUUCCUCUUUGGAAGCUCAAAACCCGAUUGGAACCUACGGAAGAAGAUCGCGAAAGGGAUCGCAAAAGGGCUCAGUUACUUGCAUGAAGAGUGCAGAACCCAAAUCAUACAUUGCGAUAUAAAGCCGCAGAAUAUACUCCUGGACGAUUGUUUUAUAGCGAAGAUAUCCGAUUUUGGGAUAUCAAAGCUUCUGAAGACGGAUCAGACCCGAACCAGAACGGGCAUCCGAGGAACUAAAGGGUACCUUGCACCCGAAUGGUUCAAGACCCGAGCAGUCAGCGUGAAGGUGGAUGUCUACAGCUUUGGCGUUGUGCUACUGGAGAUUAUAUGUUGUAGGAAAAACAUCGAGGUGGAGAUCGGGAAUGAAGAGGAGAUAAUAUUAACGGACUGGGCUUAUGAUUGCUAUAAAGAGAGGAGAUUGGAGUUGUUAGUGGAGGAGGAAGAGGCAUUGAAAGAUGGGUUGUGGGUGGAGAGGUUGGUUAAGGUGGCCGUUUGGUGCAUUCAAGAAGAUCCAUGUAUGAGGCCAUCCAUGAGUAGGGUUACACAAAUGAUAGAUGGUUCAGUUGAAGUAAAUGACCCACCUGACCCUUCUUACUACGUUAGAUAGCUUGGUUGAAGCCCUAUUACAGUUCAUUAUUAUUUUUA